AUGGCGACCGCGGCGAUGGUGAAAGCUGGGGUUUUGAAAUGCAUUGUCAUGAUGAUUUGUGAUCCUUGUGGGUUACAAGUUCUGGGGAUAUCUGAUUUUGAGAAACCUAAUCGAUGGAGGAAAGAAGCGGAUCGAGAGAUGGCUAUUUAUGCUGGGCAGCUGGAGCCACUAGUGAGCGUCAACUUUGUUCUUAUGAUAGCUGCACUACCAGAGCUGAACUUGGGAUAUAACUUCGUGGUGACUGCUCGGCGAAAUGCUCCAAUCACCAUAAAGGAACUCGACCAUCAGCCACGUGGGUCCUCAGUGCAAAUCCUAGUGCUGAGACAUAUCACACUAGCCACAGUACACCUGGGCGGUAAAUCACACUCUUCGGGGGACUUGCAAUUUCCUCGCUCCCGCCUGGCAUGGCACGACUUGUCGCGGUCGCCCUCGAUGGCCAACUUUCUCGGAAACAGCUGUCAUCAUGGAUGUAUGGCACCGUGGUCGAUCAAGCUUUCGAUCAAGCUUUCGCGUGGCCGAUUAAGCUCUUUACCAAGCUCUCGCAGAUCCUCGUCAAAGCUUAGUGAGAAUACCCCCGAGCUCGUCCUAUUCGGCUUGCUGAUUGCUGAGCUAAGGAGAAUCAGCAUAUGCCCAUUGUAUCGGCACAACGCUUGUACCAUGCAUGGUAACAUCGAAAGUCAAAAUAUUUCGAGCCUUCGAUCGGUAAGCAAGGCUGAUGAUUAUCGUGUGACUUCGGAGAUGGUCAAUCUAGUCAAAGGGCGUCGAUACAAACUGCUCCUAACGAUCAGCAAUGAUAGGACCGUGAAACAAAGAGUGCAUGGUGCUUGUGACCUUGACAGGGACAGCCGACGCAGGAAGGACAGUGGAGAAAAGCUUGAGCUGAGUGAUGAGCGAGUGCUUCUCUGA